AUGAAUCCAGAUUUAUUCAAAAAUCUACCACCAGAAAUCAUCACCGAGAUCUUCUUAAGACUGCCUGCUGUAAGCAUUCCAAUAAGCAAAUGUGUUUGCAAGCGAUGGCUCCAUCUGCUGGAGUCUGAUGCUUUUGUCAAGUCUCAUUUUGCCAGAUCCGCCCCCGCCCUCGUUGUUUUGGGGAUUUCAAAUCAGUUGAAAGUUUUGGAAUUGGAAGGCGAGCUCGAUCUCGAUCCACUCAUCAAGUAUCAUUUCCCUAAAUACCACCGAGGAAGAAUACAGAGUUCGGUUAAUGGUUUUCUUGUUAUAAGGAUCCAUGUUGAUGUUGAUCCAAUGGUGCAUGUUGAUAUGCUUUGUGUAUGCAAUCCGAUCACUCGUGAAGUUAUUAAGCUGGAUCUGCCUACAGAUCCACAACUAUCUCCUCCAGAAAUAGUAUCUGCUUUUGGAUUUGGGGCAAGCAAAAUCAGUGGCCGAUACAAGGCGGUCUGUAUUAAAAAUAAGCCCUAUGAUGAUAAAUUGGAUUGUCAUGUAUACACUCUUGGAACAGGAUCUUGGCGACGCCUUGAAGGUAUUCCGUAUAAUUACCAUGAUGGUUCAGGUGCAUUUGUUAAUGGAAAUCUCCAUUGGAUAGCAACCAUUGGAGAAGAUUCGUCAUGGAUUUCUUGCUUUGAUCUUGAAACAGAAUGUUUUAGCUUCUUUAAAACUCCUCCUUAUCAUGCUCAAGGAUUGCCCUUCAUAAGAGGAACGUCCAUUUUUGCUUUGAGCGGUUGCCUAUGGUUUUGCAAGGAAGCAUCCGAUCAUAGAUAUGAAAUUGAAGGUGAGCUUACUAUAUGGAUUAUGAAGAAAUAUGGAGUGGACGAAUCUUGGAGCAAGGAAUAUGUGAUCCCUCUUGUUGAUGGCAUGAGACUUUAUUAUCCCUGCAUCAGGUAUGUUGAGCCCAUCAAAGUUUUCGAAAAUGGCGACCUAUUGAUGUUAGAGAUGGUAUACUUUUACGGGCAGCUUUUCUACUACUCUAACAAGACUAAAACUACGCAAAGGAUUGUUUUGUUUGGUGCACGGGAGGCCUCUGACCGUGUCGACUGUGGGAUUUUCACUCCCACCCUUGUUUCUCUCAAAACUUUAGGUUUAGGUGUGGAGAAUGUAAUCUCAUUCUGA